AUGUCCCAGCUGGAAACCGCGAUGGGAAUGGCCACGGCUGUCUUUGACAAGUAUGCAAAGACAGAAGACAACACACAAACCCUCACCAAAGCAGAACUGAAGACCCUCCUGGAAAAAGAGCUCCCAAACUUCCUCUCAACAGGGAAGGACAAGGGCGCUAUCGAUAAAGUCUUCAGGAAUCUGGAUGAAAACGGUGAUUUCCAAGUGGACUUCAAAGAAUUUGUCAUCUUUGUGGCAGCUCUGACUUGCUGCUGUCAUAAAUAUUUUGAGCAGAAAGCAGCCAAAUAG